AUGUACUUCACCUGCUCUGAAGCUGCCUUCCCUGGGUGCUACUGGGGCAGCUACGGCUACCCUCUGGGGUACAGCGUGGGCUGCGGCUUUGGCAGCACCUACUCCCCGGUGGGCUACGGCCUGGGCUAUGGCUAUAACGGCUGUGGAGCUUAUGGCUACAGACGCUGCUGGCCCUUUGCCCUCUACUGA